AUGAACCAGUUUCCAAGUCAGCGUCUCACAAUGACUCUCAUUCAGCUCGUGCGCUUUCUCGGGAUUGUGCUUCAAGGCUACCUGCGAUGCCUCGUACUUCCAACGCUCACUGCCAUUGGUGCGGCCAUCCCCACCCUCGUCGCUGCCUUCACUCUGCGACAGACCCGCGUCUUCGUCCGUGGGGAUCGCCAGGAUGCCCGCAUCCGGUGGUUCAAGCUGAUUACCCUGCUGCCCGGGGAUAAGUUUUACGAGUACAUGCGCGUGGACCGGCGUGUAUUCAUUUACCUCGUGCGCCAGUACCAGCGCACCAACACCACUACGCGGACGCAUCCCAUGUUCUCCUUCAUUUUCAUCGCUAUGGGACUAAACCAUCUCGGUCAUGGUCUGUCAUUCCGUCAACUCGGUCUGCAUUUUGGAUAUUCGUUUUCACAUGCCCAGAAACUCUUCACACAUUUUCUUGACUUCGUCAACAGGGUCUUACUUGAGAAGUGGGUCAUUUGGCCUGACUUUGAAAUGUGUCAAGUCUUCGAACGGGAAUUUCAUGCGGAAGCGGGAAUUCCAGGCGUCGUCGGUGCCAUGGACGGCACGUAUAUUCUCUGCCAAGGACAAGGGCCACAUUGCGAGGAUUUCCGUAAUCGCAAAGGUUUAUUCAGCAUCAUAGCACAACUAAUUUGUGACUGCAGUGGCUACAUCUAUGACUUCUACGUUGGAUGGCCGGGAAGCGUCAAUGACGCCAGGGUCUUCCAGCACAGUCCGGCACGGCACAAGAUCGAGCUAGGAGGCCUCUACGACUUUGUCAUCGUCUCCGAUGCUGCCUAUGGUCUACGUGACUACAUUCACACACCCUACAGGGCGCUGCCAGGCCGCGGACUACCGGACGAGCAGCGCGUGUGGAACGUGCAGCAGAGCCGCGCGCGAAUGAUCGUCGAGCAGGUGAAUGGCAGGCUCAAGUCGCGCUGGCGGAUGCUGGACGGCCGGCUGGAGUGUGACAUUUUCCGCGCCCCGCAGUACGUCUCCGCCUGCAUCGUGCUGCACAAUAUCGACCUGCUCCUCGGCCCCCGCCCCCGGCUUCUUCCUCCGCGCGAGCGCAACACGUGGUGGCAGGAAAGCCCCGCUGCCGAAAUGCCGCACUUCCUGCCGCGGGAGGAGGGCUUCACUCCUGCUCGUCGUCGCGCUCAGAUGGCGGCGUGCCUCUACGCUUCUUGGAGGCUGGGGCAUCCUGAGCAGACGCAACCAUCUCUUGGGUACGUUCCAUAA